GAGGAGGUGUCCGUCUCUUUCACGGAGGCUGAGUGGGCCCUGCUGGAUCCAGGACAAAGAGCUCUAUACAGGGAAGUCAUGCUGGAGAACUAUGGGUGUGGAAAGUACUUCAGAAGUAGAUCGCAGCUCCUUGUGGACCAAGGAACCCACACAGGGGAGAAACCAUUCAAAUGCACAGAGUCUGGAAAGAGAUUAAGGAGGUUUGCAAAUCUUCAGGAACAUCAGAGAACUCAUACAGGGGAGAAACCAUUUUCCUGCAAAGAGUGUGGAAAGAGAUUCCGGAGGAGUGGCCGUCUUGAAGAGCAUCAAAGAACUCACAGGGGGGAGAAACCUUUUGAAUGCACAGAGUGUGGGAAGAGAUUCAGUCGGAUUAGCAGUCUCCAACGGCAUCAAGUAAUUCACACGGUAGUGAAACCUUUUGAAUGCACCGAGUGUGGAAAGAGAUUCAGUCAGAGUAGCAGUCUUCAAGGCCAUCAAAGAACCCACACAGGGCAGAAACCUUUUGAAUGCACAGAGUGUGGAAAAAGAUUCAGUCACAGUAGUCAUCUUCAAGAGCAUCAAAGAACUCACACAGGGGAGAAACCUUUUGAAUGCACAGAGUGUGGGAAGAGAUUCAGUCGGAUUGGCAGUCUCCAACAGCAUCAAGUGAUUCACACGGGAGUGAAACCUUUUGAAUGCACCGAGUGUGGAAAGAGAUUCAGUCGUAGUAGCACUCUUCAAGAGCAUCAAAGAACCCACACAGGGGAGAAACCUUUUGAAUGCACAGAGUGUGGAAAAAGAUUCAGUCACAGUAGUCAUGUUCAAGAGCAUCAAAGAACUCAUACAGGGGAGAAACCUUUUGAAUGCACCGAGUGUGGAAAGAGAUUCAGUCAGAGUAGUAGUCUUCAAGUUCAUCAAAGAACCCACACCGGGGAGAAACCUUUUGAAUGCACAGAGUGCGGAAAAAGAUUCAAUCAGAGUAGUCGUCUUCAAGAACAUCAAAGAACUCAUACAGGGGAGAAACCUUUUGAAUGCACCGAGUGUGGAAAGAGAUUUAGUCAUAGUAGCAGACUUCAAGAGCAUCAAAGAACCCACACCGGGGUGAAACCUUUUGAAUGCACCGAGUGUGGAAAGAGAUUCAGUCUUAGCAGCAGACUUCAAGAGCAUCAGAGAACCCACACAGGGGAGAAACCUUUUGAAUGCACAGAGUGUGGGAAAAGAUUCAGUCAGAGUAGUAGUCUUCAAGUCCAUCAAAGAACCCACACAGGGGAGAAACCUUUUGAAUGCUCAGAGUGUGGGAAGAGAUUCAGUUGGAGUAGCACUCUUCAAGAGCAUCAAAGAACCCACACAGGGGAGAAACCUUUUGAAUGCACAGAGUGUGGUAAGAGAUUCAGUUGGAGUGGCAAUCUCCAGCAGCAUCAAGUAACCCACACAGGGGAGAAACCUUUUGAAUGCUCAGAGUGUGGGAAGAGAUUCAGUACAAGUGGGCAUCUUAAACGGCACAAAAGAAUCCACACAGGGGAGAAACCUUUUCAGUGCUCACAGUGUGGCAAGAGAUUCAGUCUUAGUAGCAGACUUCAAGAGCAUCAAAGAACCCACACAGGGGAGAAACCUUUUGAAUGCACAGAGUGUGGGAAAAGAUUCAGUCAGAGUAGUAGUCUUCAAGUCCAUCGAAGAACCCACACAGGGGAGAAACCUUUUCAGUGCUCAGAGUGUGGAAAGAGAUUCAGUUUGAGUAGCAAUCUGCAACGGCAUCAAGUAACUCACACAGGGGAGAAACCUUUUGAAUGCACAGAGUGUGGGAAGAGAUUCAGUCAAAGCUACGGUCUUCAACGGCACCGAACAAUCCACGCAGGGGAGAAACCUUUUGAAUGCGCAGAAUGUGGUAAGAGAUUUAGUUGGAGUGGCAAUCUCCAACGGCAUCAAGAAACCCACACGGGAGAGAAACUUUUUGAAUGCACCGAGUGUGAAAGGAGAUUCAGUCACAAUAGCAGUCUUCAAGAGCAUCAAAGAACCCACACG